AUGUUUGGCAACUUCGCCUCCUUUGCCGGUAUCCCGUCAAAGAAUAAGAUAGAUCCAAAGGACGUUCCACCUCCUACGCCCGUCACUCUCCCUCGCUUUCAGCCCUUCGCCCACGAUGACGACCCCGUCGACGCCGCCUCGGCUCUCUCUUCCCUGCUUCAGAACACGGGUCGAACAACUGCCGCUCUCGGCGCCCAUGGCUUUUCCGCCAUUGGACUUAACCUGAACCUCGACGCGAAACCCGCCGACCUGGUGCCCGACCCUUCGUAUAUCCCCGAUUUCGAUGAGUGGGAUAGACUCUCUCUUGAUGAGGCUCGGGACAAGAAUGCAUCUACUCGCAGACCUAUCAGGAACGGCAACCUCUCUCCUGGGUGUCAGGUUUAUCUUGAGCGCAAAAAGGAGUUGUCGAGCAUCAACGAAGACGCUUUUCGAACUGUGCGGAGACUACCUGUGCCCAAGGGAAAGCAGCAGGCUCGCCUGGGAAAUGCAUACGAGUUCUUCCGCUGUCUUGAAGCCUUCACCUCCUUUUGGGACGACCCUACCCAGCCUCCUGCACUGCCGCCAUCUCCUGAAGCCUCCCCGGAGGUCACUGACGGAGCGGCGAGCUCGGGUGAUGCGAAACAAGUGACCCCCAAGGAGGAUACCGGGCCCUCCUAUUACCGGACCAGUUCUGGCUCUAGUAUGCCCCCUGACUACCGCAACAACCUUAUGACGGCAUUCAUCAAGCUUGUUGCCUAUGACUUUGGCUGCAACGUCUCACCAUCGCGAACCGAGCCACGUCUUCACUUGAGCUCGCCUGAAGGAACACCUUCUCGCAAGACCUACUGCCCCUCUGGCUGUCUCUUUGUGUUCCAGAGUCCAACCACCCGUGAAGCUGCCCGUGCAGGUGUUGUUCAUGGACCAGUAGCCAGUGUCAGUGCUAGAGGGACCACCGACUUUACCGUGCCGGACCCCGAAACCGCCCAGUCUCUGGACCUUGCGCGAGAAAUCGUGGCCGCGCUGAUCACGGCGCAACACCGCGCACGCGAAGGCAAAACGGAGAAGCGGUUCGGAGAUGGACAAUGGUGGACGACUGAAAAGCGCUGGGGAGGCGGUCCCGGAGGACCCAUUGGACGCGAGAUCGAGAAGGACUCGGUUCAGGGUGACAAAGACGUCAAGCCCAGUGAUGAGAAUGGCUUGCCCGUCUCCAAGAAGCCUCGCAAGAACAUGAGUAUCUAUGACAACUAUCGCAUGGUGCGACCUCCAUCUUCGACCUGGGAUAAGAAGGCCCAGUAUGAGGCUAUCGGCCGAAGACAGGGCGCAGACUACGACGACAUCUUUGUGGUGAGCUCACUGUUUCACCAUGUCUCUAUCCUUCGAGUGAGGGUACCCAACCGCCUGCUUGAGGCUCUGGAUGGAGCUCGCGAGCUAGACCCGUCCAAGCGCAGCUGGGGUAAGGUGGAGGCCUGGAGGAGCCCCUGGUACGACCUGUUUGAUAUCAAGCAACGGUUGGAAGCUCUGAAGCUAGUGUGGGGGAUGAUGGCUUAUCAGAUGAGGAAGGAAACCGGAUCUGAUGAGGAUGUCAGUAUGACCAAUGCUUAA